CAGUGUCCUCCCUGACUCUUUGCGGGGACAAUUAAUUACGGCAUACCGGCUAUCUGAAUACACACCCAAGUAUGUUGUACGACUGGGUCACUGCAGGGACAAAGCGGCGAGAAGCUAACCAUGCUGCUUCUUCGAGGCCGAUGUACCGCGUCCCUGACCCUUGCAAUUUCAGUCACUCCUUGGCAAAUCCGAUGGGAAAGGGACUCUAAGUUAACCAUUGACAUGAGGUUUGUCUCAGGCAGGAUACCGAGUCACAAGCUCACUGUAUUACGUUACCUACAUCAUUAUUGCGACUGGGCAUCUGGAGUAUAUGUGUUAUUCGUUUGUUCAGACUCGAGUGAAUUGCUUGUUGAACGUUGACGUUGAGCGUUUAAGUAGUAAGAUCAGGUUUAGGGCUGC